CAUCCUUGCAUGCUGGUUGACAGGUGACGUCUGCGGGGUGCUGGAGGCUCUUAUUGAACCAGGGCGUUAGCCACAAGCGCACAGCUGCUCUUCUGCCCAUCAAUUCUACUGUUAUCUGUAAUCGGGAGCGACUUCUCCUCUCCCCCUCCUCAUACGUCCUGCUUUCAUUUCAGGCUCCUUGGAGAUAGAGGAAUGCAAAUCUGCAACCAUGAUGGAAGGAUUGAAAAAACGUACCAGGAAGGCCCUCGGGUUACGGAAGAAAGAGAAAGACAAUGACUCUGCAGGAUCCCCUGAAAGAGACGGUGGUUCUCAGAAGAGGACAAAUGGAGCUCCUAAUGGUUUCUAUGAAGACAUCGACUGGGACAGAUAUAACUCUCCUGAGGUGGAUGACGAGGGCUACAGCAUCAGACCUGAUGAAGAGGCUGAGCCAGGAGCGACUACCACCAAGUCCCACUUCUUCUCCUCUGAUGAGUCUGAGGAGGAGGAGGACCACAGGAAGAGGUUCAAAAUCAAGAUUAAGCCGCUUCCGUCUGAUUGUGUUCUAGCCGAACCAUCAGUAGAUGUGCUUAAAGCCUCCAUAGGCAACAUCGCUCUGUUCCCUUCUCCUAUGAGACGUAGCCCGGGUUUGAACAGGAACACAUCUAGGGAAGAAAUUGCCAGACCGAGGCGUUCUGUUCCUACUGUGCCUAAAGUGGCCGCCGCACCAGUUCCAGCUCUACAACCAACCAGCAAUCAACAAACAGCAGUCCUUGAAGACACCACAGCCUUAUUUGGGCCUCCUCUAGAAUCUGCUUUCGGAGAAAAGAAAACUGAAGUGGUUCUUUCUGAGUCCGAUGUCUGGGGCACUUCUCUGUCAGAGCCUGAAUCCUCUUUGACGAGGUCCUUCCCCACAGGAACUCCUCCUCCACUUCCACCCAAGAAUGUUCCAGCUUCUCCUCCAAAGGCAGAAUCCCCCUCCACAGAUAAUUCUGAAGCCGAAGCAGAAGGAUCAACCAGAAAACCCUCCAUAGCGGACUUGGACAACAUUUUUGGACCUGAGCAGUCUCCCCCUGCUGGCGAGGAAACGAGUGACAAGUGGGUGUGCUUCAGUGAACACUCUCCUGUGGGGCCACCUCUACCACAGGACCCCGUGCCCCCACUGCCCUCGUCACCGCCUCCACCAGAAGAACCAGCGCCUCCGCCACCGGACUCCCCGCCUCCACCUAAAUCUCCUGCUCCUCCUCUACCUCUAUCACCACCUCCUCUAGAAGAGCCCGCUCCACCUCUCCCUGAAUCCCCACCUCCAAAAGGAGAUGCUUCUCCCCCUCUUCCAACAUCCCCACCUCCUGCAGAGAAGCCUGCUGCUCCUCCUGUUCAUUCAGGUCCUCCAACGCCUGAAGACCAAACUCCUCCCACCACCUCCCCGCCGUCUACAUCACCUCUGGAUUCCUCUCCUCCUCACCUUACCUCACCUCCUGCUGUCCCACCUAUCCCCACCCCUAAAGACGAUGCCUCUGAGGUGGUGACCCCUCCCUCUGAACAGCCUGCAGCACCUUCAGCCCCACCACCCCUUGUCCUCUCUCAGGAGGACCAGUCCAAGAACGCAAACGCCUCAUUUUCCAAAGAGGAUGGAGGUGAAACCAUCACUUCACCCAAAGGUGCCAGCCAGGGAAGUCGGUGUACGCCUCCCCCACCUCCUCCCCCGACGUACCGUGUAGUGGUUUCAUCCCCAGGUCCCACAUCAGGCACAAGCAGCGGUUCCUCCUCACCUGUCAGACCUGCCACCCCUUCGUCAGUAAACCCAACCCCGCCUCCACCGCCACCUCGCCCUCCUUCACGACCCAAACUCCCCCCGGGGAAACCCGCUGUUGGAGAUGCGAAUCGACCAUUCAGCCCGCCGAUCCACUCGACAAGCCCUCCCCCCAGUGCUCCACUGGCACGGGCCGAGAGCACCUCCUCGAUCUCUUCGACCAACUCUCUGAGCGCCGCCACCACCCCCACUUUCGGCAAGGAGCUGUGCGUGUCGGUGUCAGAUGAGGAUGCUUUUGUAGACAAACUGCCCACCUUUGAGAGACACUUUGAUUCAAUUGCAGAGAAUGACCAGCCAUCCCUUGUUUGGUUUGACAGAGGGAAGUUUUAUUUAACCUUUGAAGGCUGCUCUCGAGGUCCUAGUCCCCUCACCAUGGGGGCUCAGGACACACUCCCCGUGGCCGCUGCAUUCACAGAGACUGUCAACGCCUUCUUUAAAGGAGCCGACCCCAGCAAGUGCGUUGUUAAGGUCAUUGGUGAGAUGGUUUUAUCGUUUCCGGCGGGAAUCACGCGGCACUUUGCCAAUAACCCAUCCCCUGCCGUGCUAACUUUCAGCAUAACCAAUUACAGCCGAUUGGAGCACGUGCUGCCUAACCCCCAGCUGCUGUGCUGCGACGGCACCACUGAGCCCAAGGCUGACGCCAAGGACUUCUGGGUGAACAUGCCAAACCUGAUAUCACAUUUAAAGAAGGUGGCCGAGCAGAAGCCACAAGCGACAUACUACAACGUGGACAUGCUCAAGUAUCAGGUAUUGACGCAGGGCCUCCAGCUGACUCCUCUGAACCUGGCGGUGAGCUGGAGGUGUGAGCCCACCAGCACUGACCUGAGGAUAGACUACAAGUACAACGGGGAGGCCAUGUCCACGCCGAUAGCCCUCAACAACGUCCAGUUCCUCGUCCCUGUAGAUGGAGGUGUUUCAAAACUCCAGGCUGUCUUACCUCCUGCUGCGUGGAAUGCAGAGCAGCAAAAAAUCCUCUGGAAGAUCCCAGAUAUCUCCCAGAAAUCUGAAAACGGAGGUGUGGGGUCCUUGUUAGCACGCUUCCAGCUGACAGAGGGUCCCAGUAAACCGGCUCCACUGGCCGUGCAGUUCACCAGUGAGGGUAGCAACCUGUCGGGAUGUGACAUUGAACUGGCUGGACCAGGAUACCGCUUCUCUCUUGUCAAGAAAAGGUUUGCUGCAGGAAAAUACUUGGCUGAAAACUGAUCCAUUCCAUUGACGAACAAAACGACUGUCGUGACCAGAGGACAGACCGGCACCAGACUCUCCUUCAACCUUC